GACAAAAACACAACCUUAUAUGAUUCAUACACUGCAUGGUUAAGUACAUGGCGCAUACGUACAUAGUGUACAGUAUGCCAUUUGGGACGCGGCUGUGCUGAUAUGCUGAUUCUGACUCUUUGAACCGAUUGUUUAAAAUGAAACGUUCGAAAGAACCGAUUCGCGCGAACGAGUCGGGCUUUCUAUCACUAAAGCACUCACGCACGCACGCGCUGCGGAUUGAGCUGGUCUUCCCGCUUCGAGCUCGAGCUGCUCCGAGCUCCGUUAGGCGGAUGACAGUUUGUUUUCACAGAGGGCCCGUCUGAGGCGAAGAACGAACAUUUACCUCCUCCGCUACGGGAACUGAAUCGUUUUUCAUCAAGAUGGGACGGCUUAUUCCCAAAUGUACGCGUUUGGUGAGAAGUAUGAGCCAAAGGAUGUGAAUCUCGGCGACCCGUCUGUGCACAACAGCUCUAGCCACGCUGAGGGGAAAGAGUGCAGUUCAAACAAGCAUGAGGCUGCUGGCCUCCUCGUCACAUCAAACACGUGUCGUCUCAGUGGAGUUAUAACCUCUGCAGGAGCACAGAUCGCUUGGUCCACCGAGGCAGGUGAAGAAACACAGGUAUGUAUGAGUACACGCAGGUAUAACCACCCCUCCCUUUGGUUCGACGCCCUCGAAUAGCGAACAAAAUACUAGAGCGAGAGCAAGUGAGAGAGAGACUGAGGGUCCCAUGUGCCAUUGGGCAGCGGGGCUUUCGCCAUGAGCAGUACUCUGGGCAAAGAUAAAGACUCUAAAGAGAGAGAACCCAAAGCCGAAGGGAAAUCCAAAACCAAAGGGAAAGAUGCCAAAGACGGGAAGAAAGACGCGAGUGGCGCUUCGCCUGCGGUGGCCUUCACCUUGGACAGUACGAUAAAGCGGCCCAACCCGCCGCCCAGCACGCGCAAAAAAUCCAGCAACGCGGAGGUCAUUAAGGAGCUAAACAAGUGCCGCGAGGAGAACUCAACGCGCCUGGACCUCUCAAAGAGAUCCAUUCAUCUCCUGCCCUCUUCCAUCAAGGAGCUGACCCAGCUGACCGAGCUGUACCUGUACAGCAACAAGCUGCAAAGCUUGCCGGCUGAGGUGGGCUGCCUGUCAGGGCUGAUGACACUGGCACUCAGCGAGAACUCUCUCACCAGCUUGCCCGACUCACUGGACAGCCUGAAGAAGCUGCGCAUGCUUGACCUGCGGCACAACAAGCUGCGCGAGAUCCCGGCUGUAGUCUACCGCGUCACCUCCCUCGCCACACUCUACCUGCGCUUCAAUCGGAUUACCACCGUGGAGAAAGACAUCAAGAAUCUGGCCAAACUCACCAUGCUCAGCAUCAGAGAGAACAAGAUUAAACAGCUGCCUGCAGAGAUCGGUGAGCUCUGUAAUUUGAUUACGCUGGAUGUAGCCCACAACCAGCUGGAGCACCUUCCUAAAGAGAUCGGCAAUUGCACUCAGAUCACCAACCUUGACCUGCAGCACAAUGAACUUCUUGACCUACCUGAGACUAUAGGUAACUUGUCAAGUAUAAACCGCCUGGGUCUGAGGUACAACCGUCUAUCAGCGAUCCCUCGAUCUUUAUCAAAGUGCCGAGAGCUGGAGGAGCUCAACCUCGAAAACAACAACAUCUCAGUGUUACCAGAGGGUCUUCUCUCCAGUCUGGUGAACCUGACAAGUCUGACGUUGGCACGAAACUGUUUCCAGUCUUACCCAGCGGGCGGCCCAUCCCAGUUCUCCACCAUCUACUCACUCAACAUGGAGCACAACCGUAUCAACAAGAUCCCUUUCGGCAUCUUUUCCCGAGCCAAAGUGCUCAGCAAGCUCAAUAUGAAGGACAACCAGUUAACGUCUCUUCCACUGGAUUUUGGGACAUGGACCAGUAUGGUAGAGCUGAACCUGGCAACAAACCAGCUUACCAAGAUUCCAGAGGAUAUCUGUGGACUUGUGUCUUUAGAGGUCCUCAUAUUGUCCAACAAUCUUUUGAAGAAGUUGCCUCAUGGGAUAGGAAACUUAAGGAAACUGCGAGAGCUUGACCUGGAGGAGAACAAACUGGAGUCCCUCCCGAACGAGAUUGCCUACCUUAAGGAUCUGCAGAAACUUGUGUUGACCAAUAAUCAGCUGACCACUUUGCCGCGAGGAAUCGGUCACCUGACCAAUCUGACUUACCUGGGCUUGGGAGAGAACCUGCUGCAGCACCUACCGGAAGAGAUCGGCACACUGGAGAACCUGGAGGACCUGUACCUGAAUGACAACCCUAACCUGCAUAGCCUGCCGUUUGAGUUGGCGCUAUGCAGCAAGCUGUCCAUCAUGAGCAUAGAGAACUGCCCUCUCAGCCACCUUCCGCCGCAGAUCGUCGCCGGAGGCCCUUCCUUCAUCAUCCAGUUCCUCAAGAUGCAGGGUCCCUACCGUGCCAUGGUCUGAGGCGACUCACACACUGUACAAAGAGGAAAAACCCAAUUGCCACACGACGCUACCUUUGUCGUCAUUAUAUCUCAGACAAGGAACUGCUUAACUGGGUUCCAGCCGAUGAAGGAAUCACAGCCAGUUAGGUCCCUUUUACCCCCGUAGUAAACAAUGUCUAGACUUCAGUUGCCAAAAUUAAUGUACAUUAGUGAUUCUGAAGAGGCGCUCUUAAAAUAUUUCAAUCAUUUUGCCAAUUUAUUGAAAGUCAUUAUAGGGGUUUCGACGCCAGGAAACAGUUGUAUGCAAAAACAAAACAUUUUUACAAGUUCAUUUUUGCUGCUGCUGCCGCCAUACUGUAUGUGAGUUUUUAUUUUUUAAAAUUUAGCCAGACUCUUUUUUUCUUUUUCUUUUUUUCCUAUUAUCAUCCCACAACCAAAAGAUUUUUAUUGUACAGAGGACCUGUUUGGAAGCAGUGAACAAAUUUUGAGUUCUUUUUAUUAUUAUUAUUAUUAUUAUUAUUAUUAUUAUUAUUAUAAUUAUUAAUUGUUAUUCUAGAAUUGUGCCUAUCCAGUGCAGUUGUGGAUGGUUUGUGUCUGAACAUUAUUAUCCAAGACGUUUGUAAUACAGAAAGGCUGAAUUUACAAAAGUAUAAUUUAUUCCUUUUUAUUAUUUGCCGAUAUAUUUUAUCGCUCCCUUUUAUAAAUAUUUGUUCCUCUUUGCUAUCGUGACGUUGCUUGUGCUUGACAUUUUAAAACAAAUCUGCAAUCUUUUUUUUUUUUUUUUUUUUUUUUUUUUUUUUUUCUGCAAAACAAUAGUGAAGCAACAAAUGAAUCCGAAAUCGUUUUCGACAGCAAUUGCGUCAUGGCUUUAGCAAGCUAGCGCGUCCCUCAGAAGCAGGGGUCUGGUUUCGGGGCUCUCUCUUUGGGACGUGGGGAUUGUGAUUGUUUACUUGUCUGCCAUAUCCACAGUGUUGCACUCUGCUUGUGUCCUAUCGGUGUCGCAUCUACAUAUCAGGUGCUGGACAGUGCUAGCAGUUAAAGGCCCACGUUUACUGUGAAGAAUACCAAACACCCAUUCAACAUAAUUUCCGUCCUUUUUUUUUUUUUUUUUUUUUUUUUUUUUUUUUUACUGUGCAUUUCAAGGAUUUCCUGGUUUUAAACCCUAUAAUUUCUGGUCUUAAACAUACAGAAUAUUAAACAAUGGUUACAGGUUUUUUUCACUGUUUGUCCCACACCGCUCCUCUUAUGCUGCUGCUUUUAAUGCACUUUGUAUUGAUAUUUGGCAUCCUCCUCAAGUAAAAGGGUCGCGAUAUUUCAUGUUACCGAUUAAAUGUAUGGAAGGGGGCAUUUAUUAUUAUUAUUAUUAUUAUUUCUGAAGUAUUUUAUCUUUUAUUUUAAUUCUCUAUCAUGUAUAUUCUAUAACAGUGAAUUGAAAAAUUUGCUUCAGCAAAUUCGAACGAUAACAUUCUUUUUAAGAACCUUUUUUUUUUUUUUUUUUUUUUUUUUUUUUUUUCUCCUCAAGGCUUUGACGCUACUUUUCUUUAUUAAAUGUUUUGAUUUAAACUUCCGUCUGACUAGUUUGUGCUUCUAUAUGUUUAAAAUGUCAUAUCGGUUUCAAAUGGUGCGGAUCAAGUAUUGCAAUUGAAAAAAACCCAAAUGUUUCCAUAUACAAACCUUUUUUUUUUAUUUGGAACGGAUGGAAUUUCUCUUGGUUUAGUAUUAUAUAUCAGGUGACUCUAAAUUCCCACCACCACUUUAGUUUAUCAAACCAAAUGUAUUUUGUUGUGUUGUCCACCCUGUUUGUUUUUUUUUUUUUUUUCAUGUUUCAUCUUUGAUUCGUGAGGACAUUGUAUACAAGGGCAGCAGUGUAAAGGCUUUGGAGAGGCACUUUGCUUUCGUGGGGCCAUGAAAAGGACACAAAUCGCUGCUUUUUGUUUUUCUUUUUCUUUUUUUAAAUCAACCAGCAGAACCUGUUGCUGCUUAUGGAUCUCCUAGAAACGUAAUGCUGUACAAGAACCGGCCCAUGCGAGACGUUAUAGACUGGCUUCUCGGACCGGUUCUACCAGCACAGACGUUCUGCUACAGAUGAAAUCCCUCUGGACCUGCUCGGUGCAUAUGUUGUGCCUGACGCAGACACUGAAUAAAAACAGAAAAAACGACAAAAAUACAAACAUUGUAAAAAGGGCUUUCUCUGUUCAUGCUUAACUAUACACCAGAGGCAUUGCAUUCCUGGUUUUGUAUAAAAGCUUAGAACUGUACAUUUGAGUUUUCUUUUGUGUGUGUGCAUAUGUAUGCGUGUGUGUGUGUGCGCGCGCGUGUGUGUGUGAGGGAAUAGUUAGGUGUUAACAAAAUGGAAUUAUGUGACAAUAAAUGCCUUGGAGUACUUCAAGUGAGACGUGCAUUAGGGGCGUGGCUUUGACACGUCCCAUUUAAGUUUACUUCUUUUUUCUUUCUUUCUUUUUUUUAAGCAUUUAUGUGCCAUUUAUGCAGGGGAGUGGGCUGGUUUUUACGUAGGAUAACAUUAUGAUGGGCUUUGGAUGAAAAUGCAUCACAAAUCAGGAAUGUAGUCACAAAAAGACAAUAAAACAUAACCAUUGUACUUUCAAUAGUGAAUACUGACAGCACGGUUAUAAUCAGCCGGGACGGCAAUUUUGAUUUUGAUCUUGUAUUGUUCUGGUGAAUCCUUAUGAUUGGAGCUUAAGGGUAUGGUUUAUUAUUAUUAUUAUUUUUUUUAUGCUGUCUGUGCAUUAGGUCAUAGAAACUGUAUAAAUGAAGUUCAUUUUCCAUGUUUUUGUUAUCGUUUGUUUUUUUAAACAUAGGAAUGUUAUGUUUACUGCUUUUUUUUUUUUUUUUUUUUUUUCCUUGCCUUGCUUGCUAUGUAUAGGAAACAAGCAUGUUAAUUUUCUUUCUUUUUUCUUUUUUUUCAUAAUUGUCUGAUUGGUUGGACAGGGAUGUAAACGACAAAAGUACACAAGAUAAAAAUGUUGCUCUUUUGUAACUGAAAAAUGUUUGUUUUUUUUUUUAUUAUUUUUGUUUUGACGCUUCAUAGGGUUUAUCGGUUGUUGUGCGGACGUGUCUAGCGUGCUUCUCUCAGCCUUAAAGGUGAUUUAUUGAUUUCUCUUUCUUUCAGACUCAGCCCGAGCAGGUAACAGGACCCUCUUCCAUCAGAUCAAGCCUUUGCUUUAACAAGCGUUCUUUUAAAUAAAUGUUCGUUUGACUGCCUUA